AUGGCUCAGGGAGGGGGCUUCCAGCGGGUCCCCAUCUCCGGGGAGGAGAAGUGCGGGGUGCCCUUCACGGACCUUCUGGAUGCGGCCAAGAGCGUGGUGAAGGCGUUGUUCCUACGGGAGAAGUACAUGGGGUUGUCGCUGCAGAGCUUCUGCAAAACCACCGCCCGGUACCUGCAGGAGCUCUCCGAGAAACCCCUGGAGACCCGCGGCUACGAGGAAGCGCCCGAGCCCCCCGUGGCUGCCGAUGCCCCUGUGCACCCCCCGUUUGCGGAGCAGCACCCCUACGAGACGUGGGACCCCCAGACCAUGCCGGUAGAUCUGGGCUUUGGGCUGAAGAUGGUGGACGGCGUGGUGCACGUCUACACCAAGCAGGACCUCACCGACAAGAGCACGGAGCUGGACCUGCCGUACCCUGACCUGCAGGAGUUCAUUGCUGACAUGAAUUUCCUCAUGGCUUUGAUCAUCAACGGGCCCAUCAAAUCCUUCUGCUACCGCCGGCUGCAGUACCUGAGCUCCAAGUUCCAGAUGCAUGUGCUGCUCAACGAGAUGAAGGAGCUGGCGGCCCAGAAGAAGGUGCCCCACCGCGACUUCUACAACAUCCGCAAGGUGGACACCCACAUCCACGCCUCGUCCUGCAUGAACCAGAAGCAUCUCCUGCGCUUCAUCAAGCGGGCCAUGAAGAAGCACCUGGAUGAAAUCGUCCACGUGGAGAAGGGCAAGGAGCAGACGCUCAAGGAGGUCUUCGAGACGAUGAACCUCACCGCCUACGACCUGAGCGUGGACACGCUGGACGUCCACGCGGACCGCAACACCUUCCACCGCUUCGACAAGUUCAACGCCAAGUACAACCCCAUCGGCGAGUCCAUCCUGCGGGAGAUCUUCAUCAAGACAGACAACCGCGUCUCGGGGAAGUACUUCGCCCACAUCAUCAAGGAGGUGAUGUCCGACCUGGAGGAGAGCAAGUACCAAAACGCCGAGCUGCGGCUCUCCAUCUACGGGCGCUCCCGGGACGAGUGGGACAAGCUGGCCCGCUGGGCCGUCAACCACCGUGUCCACUCCAACAACGUCCGCUGGCUCGUGCAGGUGCCUCGGCUCUUUGAUGUCUACCGGACAAAGAAGCAGUUGGCCAACUUCCAGGAGAUGCUGGAGAACAUCUUCCUGCCCCUCUACGAGGCCACCGUCCACCCCGCCCAACACCCGGAGCUGCACCUCUUCCUGGAGCACGUGAGUGGCUUCGACAGCGUGGAUGAUGAAUCCAAACCAGAGCAUCACAUCUUCAACCUGGACAGCCCCUUGCCGGGCAACUGGGUGGAGGAAGACAACCCACCCUACUCCUACUACCUGUACUACAUGUACGCCAACAUGACGGUGCUCAACCACCUCCGACGGAAGCGAGGCUUCCACACCUUCGUCCUGCGCCCGCACUGCGGCGAGGCCGGCCCCAUCCAUCACCUCGUCUCGGGCUUCAUGGUCUCGGAGAACAUCUCCCAUGGCUUGCUGCUCCGCAAGGAGCCGCUGAUGGAGGAGUACAGCAUCGCCACCCAGGUCUGGAAGCUCAGCUCCUGCGACAUGUGCGAGCUGGCCCGCAACAGCGUCCUGAUGAGCGGCUUCUCCCACAAGGUAAAGAGCUACUGGCUGGGUCCCCACUACCUGAAGGAGGGUCCGGAGGGUAACGACAUCCGUCGUACCAAUGUCCCCGACAUCCGCGUGAGCUACCGCUUCGAGACGCUGUGCCAGGAGCUGACCCUCAUCACGCAGGCGGUGCAGACCGAGGAGCUGGAGACCAUCCAGGAGGAGGACGCUCUCACCAUCACCUCCACCCUGGGCACCCACUGACUCCCCCACCGCGGCUCUCGUCCCCAGCUCCUGCGGGGACCUCGCUGUCACCACCCCGCAUCCCUCCAGGGCUUCGCCGCCGUCCCCCUCCUGCUACCUCCUGCCCUGGGAAGGGG